AUGGCCGAGAACGUUCUGGACUCUGGCCCGCCUUCAGCCAAGAGGCCUAAACUCUCCUCUCCGGCACUUUCCGCCUCUGCCAGCGAUGGAAACGAUUUUGGCUCAUUGUUUGACCUGGAGCAUGACCUCCCAGAUGAGCUCAUCAGCAGUAAUGAACCAGGCCUUGUCAACGGGGGCGAUCUCAACCAGUUGCACACCACUCUGGGGGGAGGCCCAGGAGGUCUCGGUCCUGGAGGAGGCAGCGGAGGCCCGGGAGGAGGGAUGGGUUUUGGGCUCGGUCCAGGAGGAGGUGCCGGAGGCAUCAGCGGAGGCCAGGAUGCGGUGGCCAAGCAUAAACAGCUGUCGGAGUUGUUGCGCUCGGGGGGACCUACGUCGACCCCACCGGGACAUCAAGGGGCCAUAGGGAGUCCAGGAGGCCCAACUGCAAUUGGACAGCACAUGGCAAACAUGAAGGCAUGCCCGGGCCAGGUACCACAGCAGAUAAUGGGGCAAGGACAACACCUCUCCCCCCAGCAGCAGGCCAACAUGAUGCAGCAAAAUGCUGUCGCCGGAAUGAUGGGUGGCAUGAACAGGGCUAUGAUGGCGGCACAGCAGAAAGGAAAUAACGGACCGUCGCAACCAGGCAUGAUGGGAAACCAGGUGAUGAACGGUUCUCCCAGGUUGGGCUUCGGGAAUCAAGGGAUGGGUAGCAACAGCAACCUGCUGGCGGAUACGUUACAGCAACCGGGUGGUGGAGGCCAGGCAGGCAUCCGGGGCCAGCAACCUGGCAUGCUGAACAAGAUGGCGAUGAUGGGCAACCAAGGGGUUCCCUUUGGAGGUACAUAUGCAGGGCAGGGAAAUCAAGGCCUUGGUGGUGCUGGCAUAGGCCCUCAACAUCAGAACAAAGGUCCCAUGACCAACAGCCUGGCUCAGUUCACUGUGGACAAGAAAAAUCAGCCCGUGCAAGGAAUGGCCACUAUGGGCGCGCAGCAGUCCCAGUCGGGGCCCUCGGGUGCACCUUUAGGUGGGGCACCUGGCAUGGUUGCUGGCGCUCCGGGAGGACUAGUGGGUCCUGGCACCCAGGUCUCGGCGGCCUCCGCCGCAGCCGGAGCACCACCUACCGCUGAUCCCGAAAAACGUAAACUGAUCCAGCAGCAGCUCGUUCUCCUUCUCCACGCCCACAAAUGUCAACGGCGCGAGCAGGCCAACGGCGAAGUCCGACAGUGCAACUUGCCUCAUUGCCGCACCAUGAAGAACGUCCUCAAUCAUAUGACUCAUUGCCAGGCAGGCAAGAAUUGUCAGGUCGCUCACUGUGCAUCAUCAAGGCAAAUCAUCUCUCACUGGAAAAACUGCACUCGACAUGACUGCCCAGUCUGCCUGCCACUGAAGAAUGCUGGGGACAAGAGGAACCCGCAGUGUGAGUCUCUUCUGGGUGCAGCUGCCGCAGGUCUGGGAAGUUCUCUUGGAUCAGUUCCGGGUAGCCAACCAAGUGCUCCAAACAUUAAUCCGCCGAGCCAGAUUGAUCCCAGUUCGAUAGAAAGAGCCUAUGCAGCCCUGGGUCUGACCUACCAGGGUAAUCAGAUCCAGGGUCAGCCUUCUCAGCCCAACAUGCCGAACCAGGCCCUACAAGGUCAGGCUGGUAUGAGGCCUUACCCAAUGGGAGCAAAUCCUAUGGGAGUUAAUGGAGGAGUGGGUGCGCCUUCUCAGAAUCAACAAGCCAACUUGUUGCAGGACACUAUGAUGCACCUCAAUGUGAAUAGCCAGGGUCUGAUGAAUGAUGCCAGUGGGGUCGGCUCAAUGCCCACAGCUGGCCCUCCCUCUGCCACAGGAAUGAGAAAAAGCUGGCAUGAGGACAUCACGCAAGACCUGCGAAACCACUUGGUACACAAGCUUGUUCAGGCCAUCUUUCCAACUCCAGAUCCUGCAGCUUUAAAAGACCGUCGGAUGGAGAACUUGGUGGCCUAUGCCAGAAAAGUUGAAGGAGAUAUGUACGAAUCUGCAAACAAUAGAGCUGAGUACUAUCACUUGCUAGCAGAAAAAAUCUAUAAAAUCCAAAAAGAGCUGGAGGAAAAGAGGAGAACCCGUCUCCAGAAGCAGGGGCUGGGUGUUGGCCCUGCCAAUAUGGGCCAGUCUCCUGCUGGAUUGCCUCCAAAUGGUCCCCUCCCUGACCCAUCUAUGGUACGACCCACUGGACCCAAUCAGAUGGUCAACAGGAUGCAAAGCCCAGGCAUGAAUCAAUUCAAUCAAAUGGGGAUGCAAUCUAUGGGCCAGAGGUCUACUCCUCCUCUUCCCUUGGGAACAUCUGGCAAUCAGAUGGGAAUGGUUGGACCUAGGAUGGGUCAGCCCAAUGUCAAUCAGCUACAGAACCAGUUCAUGUCCCAGGGACAGUUUCCUGGCUCUGCACCUGGGGUAGGAACAACCCCUCCUGGGAUGGCCCAGCCUGGACCCCAGGGCGGAAUGGCACAGACACAGAUGGGCACGCCGCCUCCUCUUCCAGUUGCUAGUCCUUUGGCACAACCAGGAUCUGCGAGCGGUUCAGGCGGAAUCUCCUCAGUGGGGCCUAUGGGACCUCAGAGUGUUGGAGGCCCUAACUCAACUGUCGGAGUACCUGCCUCCGCGAUGACCCCGAAUGCAAACCAGCAACCUAACUCCAUCCCGCAUUUAGGAGCCAUGCGCGGCAGCUCUCCCUCGCCGGCUCACAGUCGUUCGCCUACACCUCACCAGACACCCCCCAGACUCGCCGGCUCCCAGACCCCUCAACCGCACACCCCUAACGCAUCGCAGUUGGCACCACCCCAAGCCGCUCAGCUGGGCCAGGGUCCUGGUUCCAACAAGCCGCUCCAGCAGCCUCACGUUGGGGCUGGCUCGACGACGCCAUCACACCCUGGAUUGGGCUCCAGCUCAACACCACAUGGUGCUCAGCUGCCACGCACUCCGUUGUCUCAAAAGGGGUCCUUCCAAGCAGACAGUCAGGCUUUGACUCCAGCCUCUGUCAACAGCCUGGAUACUUCUUCCCAGCAGAUACAGUCGGACACCACGGCCGCCACUGCAGACUUUAAGUCGGAAGUGAAGGAAGACGCUGAGGAGAGCGACACCGGCGACGGCUCCAAAGGAGGGAAGCUUGGCAGUGUCAAAACGGACGGAAAUCCUGUGAAAAUUGAGAUUAAAAAGGAGGAUUGUUCUGGUGAAGUGGGCAAGGUAGUCCCGAUGGAUACGUCCACCACGCCGUCAACAUCCACUGUAAAAACUGAGGACAAGAAACCAGAAGUGAAAAAUGAGGUGAAAGAAGAACAAAUAACCGACGCAGCUGCAUCGCAAGCGCCAGCAAAAAAGAAGAUUUUCAAGCCAGAAGAGCUUCGCCAGGCCUUAAUGCCAACACUGGAGUCCCUCUACAGGCAAGAACCAGAGUCGUUGCCAUUCAGGAUGCCUGUUGAUCCACAGCUGCUGUGCAUACCUGACUACUUUGACAUUGUGAAGAAUCCCAUGGAUUUAUCCACUAUAAAGCGGAAACUAGACACAGGUCAGUAUCAGGAUCCCUGGCAGUAUGUGGAUGACAUCUGGUUGAUGUUCAACAACGCCUGGCUGUACAACCGCAAAACAUCUCGAGUCUACAAGUGCUGCUCCAAACUUGCGGAGGUCUUCGAACAGGAGAUCGACCCUGUCAUGCAGAGACUUGGCUACUGUUGUGGAAGAAAGCUGGAGUUUUCCCCUCAGACACUGUGCUGCUAUGGAAAGCAGCUGUGCACUAUUCCCAGAGACGCUGCUUACUUCAGCUACCAGAACAGGUACCACUUCUGUGAGAAGUGUUUCAACGAGAUCCAGGGAGAGACCGUGUCCCUGAGCGAUGACCCCACUCAGCCACAGACAUCCAUUAAGAAAGAGCAGUUUGAGAAGAAAAAGAAUGACACACUGGACCCUGAAUUGCUUGUUGAAUGUUUGGACUGUGGACGCAAGAUGCACCAGAUUUGUGUCUUGCACAAUGACACAAUCUGGCCGUUGGGUUUUAUAUGUGACGGCUGUCUUAAGAAGUCUAAUAAGACAAGGAGGGAGAACAAAUAUUCUGCUAAAAGGUUACCUCAGACAAAGUUGGGCUGUUUCCUGGAGACGAGGGUGAAUGACUUCCUGAAACGUCAAAACCACCCAGAGGCUGGAGAGGUCUUCAUCCGCAUGGUGCACGUCUCUGACAAAGUCGUGGAAGUUAAACCUGGCAUGAAGUCGAGAUUUGUGGAUAGUGGCGAGAUGUCAGAGUCUUUCCCAUACAGGACAAAAGCCCUUUUUGCAUUUGAAGACAUUGACGGCGCGGAUGUUUGCUUCUUCGGAAUGCACGUUCAAGAGUACGGCUCAGAUUGCCCUCAGCCUAAUCAGAGGCGAGUAUACAUCUCUUACCUGGACAGUGUGCAUUUUUUCCGGCCACGAAGUCUUCGAACAGCUGUUUACCAUGAAAUUCUAAUUGGUUACCUGGAGUACGCCAAGAAGUUGGGCUACACUACUGGGCAUAUCUGGGCCUGUCCGCCCAGUGAAGGGGACGACUACAUCUUCCAUUGUCACCCUGCUGAUCAGAAGAUUCCGAAGCCAAAACGACUGCAGGAGUGGUACAAGAAGAUGUUGGACAAAGCUGUGGCUGAGCGAAUAGUGCACGACUACAAGGACAUCUUCAAGCAGGCGACAGAAGAUCGGUUGACCAGCGCCAAUGAGUUGCCUUAUUUUGAAGGUGACUUUUGGCCCAAUGUGUUGGAAGAGAGCAUCAAGGAGUUGGAGCAGGAGGAGGAGGAGAGAAAGAGGGAGGAGAACAGCACUUCCAAUGAGAGUAUAGAUGACAGUAAAGGUGACAGUAAGAAUGCCAAGAAGAAGAACAACAAGAAGACUAGUAAGAACAAGAGCAGCCUGAGCCGAGCCAAUAAGAAGAAGCCGGGGAUGCCCAACGUUUCCAAUGACCUUUCACAGAAACUGUAUGCCACUAUGGAAAAACACAAAGAGGUGUUUUUUGUGAUCCGGCUGAUUGCGGGACCGAUGGCCAAUGCGCUUCCCCCCAUUGUUGACCCCGAUCCCCUGAUGGCCUGCGACCUCAUGGACGGUCGCGACGCUUUCCUGACGUUGGCCCGGGAUAAACACCUUGAGUUCAGCUCGUUGAGGAGGUCUAUGUGGAGCUCCAUGUGCAUGUUGGUGGAGUUGCAUAACCAAAGUCAAGAUCGCUUUGUCUACACGUGCAAUCUUUGCAAACACCACGUGGAGACUCGUUUCCACUGUACCGUGUGUGAGGACUAUGACCUUUGCAUCACGUGCUACAACACUAAGGGCCACGAGCACAAGAUGGAGAAGUUAGGGCUCGGUUUGGAUGAUGAGAGCAGCAACCAGACCGGCGCCGCCACUCAGAGCCCGGGAGACUCGCGUCGCCUCAGCAUCCAGCGCUGCAUCCAGUCACUGGUUCAUGCCUGCCAGUGCAGAAACGCUAACUGCUCUCUGCCGUCCUGCCAGAAGAUGAAGCGCGUCGUCCAGCACACCAAAGGCUGCAAGAGAAAAACCAACGGCGGCUGCCCAAUCUGCAAGCAGCUCAUCGCACUGUGUUGCUACCACGCCAAGCACUGUCAGGAGAACAAGUGCCCGGUGCCAUUCUGCCUGAACAUCAAGCACAAGCUCUGUCAGCAGCAGCUGCAGCACAGGCUCCAGCAGGCCCAGAUGCUAAGAAGGAGAAUGGCCACUACGCAGAGAGUUGGGAAACCGGCUCCGGGAGGUGCCGUGGGGGGCAAUGGCCUGCCGUCACCGGGAGCCAACAACAACGGAGCGACCGGUCCCGGUACGCCCACGUCUGUCGGGACGCAGCCUCCUACGCCGCAGACCCCCACCCAGGGAAACAUGCUGGCGCUUCCUCAGCAGCAGGGAGUCGGAGUGGGUGCGAUGGGCGCCACGCCUACACAGCAACAGCAGGUUCAGCAGCAAGGCGGCGCCAUACCUCCCCAGCAUCAUCUGCACCAUCAGUUCCAGUCAAUGGGCGGAGGCGGGGUGAUGAACUCCCCCCAGCAGCAGAUGGUGCCUCAGCUCCAACAGCAGCAGCAGCAGCAGCCCCCCAGUGUCCAGCAAAUGCAGCAGCACGCAGGCGCGCUACCGCCAUACAACCCGAGACCGCCGGGAGCCUCUCCUCUACAUCAGUCACUGGGCAAACCUGGACUCGGCCCAGCGACGCCACCUCAACAGCAACAACAACCUAACCAGGUUCAAGGGUCCAUGCCUGUUCAAGGUCAACAGCAAGGGCCCCCUUUGGCAGCUGUAGAAACGGCGCUAAAAAUCCAACGGCUGGCGGAAACCCAGAGGCAGAUGGCUCAGGCCCAGGCUCAGAUUCGAGGUUUAGGGCAAGGAGGGAUGAUGCCUCAACAUCCUCACCACCAGAACAACCCAGCGCAGAUGGGCAUGCCACACAUGGGACCUCAGGGAAUACCCCCCCAGGCUCAAGGAAUGGUGGGCCGGACUAUGUUAGACCCUCAGCAGCAGGGAAUGCUCGCCGGCAUGCAGCAAGGUGGCCCCCAGUCUCAGUUGCCCCCUCAAGUUCAGCAGCACCUCCAGUCGGGAGGCGGCGGACAACUACAACAGCCCAACCAGCAGUGGGGCCCCGGCGGACCGGGAAUGAACCCACAACAGCGGUCCGCAAUGAUGGGUCACAUGACUGCGCAGCAGCAGACGGCGGUGGCCCAGCAGCAGCAACUCAACCAGCAACAAGCUCAGCAAGGAAACCGCGGGCUGAUGCAGGUGAUGUCUGCAGGGGCGGGGGGAGUUCCCCAAAUGGCUGGCGCGGGAGGUCCUGGAAACUUGCCACAGGGGGCGCUCCAGGAUCUCCUAAGAACCCUGCGCUCCCCAAGCUCACCCCUCCAACAGCAGCAGGUCCUCAACAUCCUUCGCUCCAACCCGACGCUCAUGGCGGCUUUCAUCAGGCAGAGAGCGGCCAAGUACCAGGGCGGACAAAGUGGUCCCGGAGUACAAGGGGGUCCUCCGCAAGGUCCUGGAGGCGUGAGGUUUCAAGGGCCUGCCGGCGGACUACCUGGCAUCGGGGGAGGAGGAGGGCCCGGGCCUAACCCGUUGACCGGCAUGGACGGCCAGCAGAUAAAUGUCAACCAAGCGGGGCAACCGGGAAUGAGCUUGCCUCAGGGGGCGGCUGGGGGAACCGUGACCACCAUGGCUCAGCUUCAACAGCUCCAGCAGCAACAACGGCCAAUGUUGCCUGGAAACCUCCAGCAACAGCAAAUGGCGGUCCUGCAACAGCAACAGGGAGCAAUGCAAGCAGGCCAACAAAACAGCUUGUCUAACAUGACGCCACAUUUCAGAGAACUGUUGUUGAGAAGACAACAACAACAUCAACAGCAGCAGCAGCAAAUGGCAAACCACGGGCAGUUCCAGCAAGGACAACAGGGCUUCAUGCAGCCCGGCCAAGGUCAGCCGGGAAUGCCCCCUUCCUCCCAACCCCAGCCUGGAGGAGGUGUGAGGGGUCCGGGACAGCAACAGCAAGGUGGUCCUCAGGGUGGUCCUGGGCAAGGCUACCCGGGUAACCCUUCCCAAGCAGCUGCCGCGCUCCAACAAAGGUUGCAUCAAAUGCAAAUGCACCAACAACAGCCGCAAAAUUCUAUGGGAGGUCCCCAAGGCCAAGACGGGGGACCGGGUGGUGGCACGCCAGGGGCCGCAACGCUCCAACCGGGGCAGCAACAGCAAGGCGGACCUCCGCUGCCCCCGACCAACCAAGCGAUGAUCCACCAGAACAUACAUCAGAGGCUGCUCCAGCAGCAGCACUUGAGCGGGGGUUCUCCAGCACAGCACAGCAGUCCCAUGAGUCCGCAGCAGCAGAUGGCCCAGUCCCCACACCCCCACCUCCAAGGCCAAGGCGGCCUGGGCCCGGCAGCUUCUCUGGGCAACCAGGUGAGGUCGCCGCAACCGUCGCCGCGGCCGCAAUCGCAGCCGCCCCGAUCCAGCCCGUCCCCCCGCACGCAGUCGUCGUCCCAGCCGCAGCCCUCGCCCCACCGCAUCUCCCCGCAGACACAAACCGGUUCGCCCCACCAGGCCCACAUUGGCCAACACCACCCUAACAUGGCGCCUCCGCAGCAACCGGCCGGUCCCGUAGAUCCCGGACAAUUUAGCUCGGACCAGAACGCCAUCAUUUCUCAGCUAAGCGGCAUGGCGGCCAUGCACGCGGGUCAAGGCGCGCCGUCAGACUUGUUAGCCCCGAAUAACAACAACAAUAAUACCAACCAGGAGCUUAGCCACAACAGUUUGGACCUGGUGUAG